GCAAGAUGAACGCCCCCUUAAUAUUUCAGUUUUCACCAGAAAGGCAAAAGAAGUCCUACGGUUUCAUAUGAUUUCAGAGUCAUGUUCCUUUCGAUGCCUGAACGGUGGUUGGUGCACUCAGUCCAAGUCAUGUGACUGCAGCCUAUUUCAGGCCACUGGAAACAGGUGUCAGACAGUUCCAAAUCUUGGCUUUGAGAGGGAGAUGACAUGCAGGACAUGGGGUCAAUACAACUUUGAGACCUUUGAUGGCCUCUACUACUACUUUCCUGGCCGAUGCACGUACACACUGCUGAAAGACUGUGAGAAAAACACUCAGGUCAUUGUUGUCCAGGUGCACAAUGACCCAGGCUGUGGCUCUGAGCCUUACAACUGCCAGCGCUCAGUCAGCCUCUUUCUUCCGCGGGAGGGUGAAAUCCAGUUACAUGCCACUAACGUGACAUUAAAUGGGCAAAGUUUGCAGCUUCCACAACACAUCCAUGACCUGCAUCUGAAGCAGAUCUCCCAGUACGUGUUGGUUACACAGAGACAAGGCUUCACGCUGGCCUGGGAGGGUCACAGUGGCUCAGUCUACAUUAAACUCAGCCCAGAAUUUGUGGGCAGAACCUGUGGCCUGUGUGGGAACUUCAACGCAGAUAUACAAGAUGACCUCAGGACCAGCUAUGGGCUCCUGACUCAUGAAAUAGAAAUGUUUGGAAACAGUUGGAUGGAGACCAUGCCGCUCCAGGCACGGUGUCCCAUGGUGCCUUCUGGUUUCGCCUCACCUUGUACAGCCGUCGAUGUGCAGGUCUUGCUGAAAGUGGAGGAAACAUGUUUAAUGCUGCUGGAUACACCAUUCCAAAGCUGCCAUGAGUAUGUCAGCCCUUUGUCCUUCAUGGCCAGCUGCUUCAAUGACAUCUGCUUGUCGGGUCCAACGGAUGAUGCGGUAUGUCAAGUGUUUACAGAGUACUCCCGUGCCUGCGCCCAUGCUGAUCAUCCACUGAACGACUGGAGCGACCACAUUCCUCAGUGUGUGAAGCAGUGUCCUGAAGGUCUGCAGCACCUCGAAUGUAUCAGUUGUUGCCCGGCAUCAUGCAAGCAAGAGCACACAUGCGUUGAUAGCUGGCUGGCCUGCCUGGAUGGAUGUUAUUGUCCCAAUGGUUUGAUCUUUGAGGAUGGGAGCUGUGUCGUGCCUUCUGACUGUCCCUGUGAGUACCAUGGCGUCUUCUACCCAUCUGGACAAAUGAUACAAGAGGAAUGCAACAACUGCACGUGUGUGGCUGGAUUGUGGAACUGCACCGAAUACAGCUGCCCAGGCGAAUGUGCUGUGACUGGUGAUAUGUAUUUUCAGUCAUUUGAUGGGCGUGUGUACACCUUUCCAGCAACGUGUCAGUAUGUCCUUGCCAAGAGUCUCAACUCAGGGAAGUUCACAGUCACCAUCCAGAAUGCCCCUUGUGGAGCUAAUCUGGAUGGGUCUUGCAUCCAAUCUGUGAAUUUAGUUAUCGAUGAGAAUCCUAGAAUGGAAAUUACGCUGAGCCGCAUUGGUGAGGUCUUCAUUGCCGGACAGUACCGCAUCUCCCUACCCUACUCUGACGACAACUUCUAUAUUCAGGAGCUUUCAUCCAUGUUCCUCCAAGUGAAGACAACGUUUGGCCUGCGUCUGCUUUACAGCUGGAAAGAGUUCCGUCUCUACCUGCAGGCCAACACACUGUGGAAGGAUGACACAGUGGGGCUUUGUGGAACUUUCAACGGCAACAUUCAAGAUGACUUCUUGUAAGGUAUCCACGUUAUCUUGUUUCCCUUCAGGUCUCCCGCUGGUAUGAUAGAAAGCAGUCCUCUAUUAUUUGGAAAUGCCUGGAGGGUCUCGUCAGCGUGUACACUCAGCUUGAUCACUCCUCAGCUUGACCCCUGCAACACACACCAACAAGCUGUGGCCUAUGCAUCCGAGAUGUGUGAUAUUCUAAACCGGGAUCUUUUUUCCCCCUGCCACAAGUACCUCAGUCCAGUGCCUUUUCACCAGCAGUGCCGCUCAGAUACCUGCAAAUGCGGAACAGGUUGCUUUUGCUCUGCUGUGGCCCACUACGCCCGCCACUGCCGCAGAUUCUCCAUCGUCAUUGACUUCCGAUCACACAUACACGACUGUGUGGUCACCUGUCCCACCACCAUGCAGUAUGGUGUGUGCGUGUCAUCCUGCCAACGCCGCUGCUCCACCCUCUCUUCUUCGCAGCACUGUGGUGGGGAGUGUGAAGAGGGCUGCGUCUGCCCACUGGGAUUAUUCUACAACAAACGAACACACACCUGCGUGCACAGGAGUGAGUGUCCCUGCACUUUCCUUGGUGUUGAUUAUGAACCAGGAGAUGUGAUCAUGACAUCAGCAGGUGUUCAGCUGUGUCUGGAUGGUAAAUUUGUGUUGCAAACUAAAGACGGUGACAGCUUAUGUCCUGGGAGUCAAAUAUACCAUAACUGCUCUGAGGGUGAGAAUGGCCUCCUUCCAGGAAGAGGUGUGGCCUGUGAGCACACUUGUGAAUCUUUCCUCCUCAAUCUGACCUGCAUAGCACAUGACCCGUGUGUUAGUGGAUGUACCUGCCCUUCUGGCUUACUGAAACAUGGAGAUGAAUGCUUUGAGCCUGAGGCCUGCCCCUGUCUGUGGAAAGGAAAAGAGUAUUACCCUGGUGACAAAGUGUCUUCCCCCUGCCAUCAGUGUGUUUGCCAGCAUGGGACGUUCCAGUGUGUGUUUCGUCCAUGUCCAUCCAUGUGCACAACAUACGGAGAUCGUCAUUACAGCACUUUUGAUGGCCUGCUCUUUGACUACGUUGGUGCUUGCCAAGUUUACCUUGUAAAGAGCAGUGCUGAUGUGAUUCUCACUGUGACAGCAGAGAACAUUGACUGUUUUGACAAUGGCAUAAUCUGCAGGAAAUCACUGUUGAUCAACAUUGGAAGAUCCUUCAUAACUUUUGACGAUGACACCGGACAACCUAACCCAACUAGUAUCAUAGGAAUGAAUCAGAAGAUGGUCAUCUGGCCUGCUGGCUACUUCACUGUGAUUCAUUUCCCAGAGGAGGAUGUCACAAUCCUGUGGGACCGGAAAACCACCAUCCACAUCCAGGUUGGACCCCGUUGGGAGGGAAAGCUGAGUGGUCUAUGUGGAAACUUUGAUAUGAAGACAGUGAAUGAGAUGCGCACACCCGACAACAUCGAUGCCACAAUGCCACAAGAGUUUGGAAACAGUUGGAUAGGAGCUGAUUGUGUGAAUGGUCCAGAUAUGAGACACCCUUGCAGUCUGAGUCCACUCAGAGAGCCAUUUGCCAAGCAGCAGUGUGCUGUCCUGCUCAGUGAGGUCUUCCAGGCCUGCCACCCAAUGGUGGAUGUUACCUGGUUCUACAGAAACUGCUUGGCAGACACUUGUGGCUGCAAUCGGGGUGUUGACUGUGAAUGUUUUUGCACUAGUGUAGCAGCGUACGCCCAACGGUGCUGUCACCAGGGUAUUCCUGUCGAUUGGCGCUCCCCAUCUCUGUGCCCAUAUGAUUGUGAAUUCUACAACAAAGUUCUUGGUAAAGGCCCUUUUAGGUUGCUCCCCUUCAGAGAACGGACUUCGGUGCUUGUUGCCAGCAUGACCAGCGGCUCAGUGUUUUUUAAGCGAGGAAAUCUCAGUGACACCAAUGGCACAUUGUCACACUUUAUGAUGACACCAGGCCUGAGCAGAAUCCGACCACAUGAUACAUCACGGAUAUCCUUUGAAGCAGCACACAGACCCAAUCACUUUCUGUAUGUGAGCCCCAGUGGCCAGUUGAAGCUGGUCAAGUGGGAGGAAAGCGAGGGAUUCUGGGAACGAGCCACUUUUGUGCUACACAGGGACACGUGGGUCUCAGGAUAUGACUCCCUGGAAUCCCACGCAAAGCCUGGAUUCUUCUUACAGGCCACCCUCCCUCACCUCCACCUGCUCAAGUAUCGUCACACAGACAGCUUCCGCAGGGCCACUCUUUUCAGACUCACAGGCUCUGGCCCAGAUGCCCCACCUCGUCCACAGUGCCAGUGGAGAUAUGACUCCUGCAUCAGCCCCUGUUUCAAAACCUGCAGCGACCCAUCAGCAGAAGCCUGUGUGGCCAUCCCACACGUGGAGGGCUGCCUUCCUGUCUGCCCCCCAUACAUGGUCCUGGAUGAAGUGACUCGUCAUUGUGUCUAUGUCGAAGACUGUAUUAAAGCCCCUGUUAUUAUACCCAUAAUUCCAACCAGUGCCAUGCCAAGCUCUGGGUCUAUGUCCUCCACAACAACCACUGCCUCACUCAAGACAACUACUGCCCCAUCUGCCGUUUCUCAGUCUACUACCACCAAAUUCACCACCCCUGUUUCUGCUGUGUCCACAGAGACUACACAUUCAGUAGUGGUGUUUCCAUUUGGAACCACAUCUUAUACUAGGCCAGUUUCAGAGAUUCCAAAAGUGACAGAACGGACCACUGUACCCAGAUCUACUGACACUACAUACACAGAAUCUAGGAGCAAAAAGCCUUUGACAGUGGGGAAAACUCCCCCAAUCUACCCAGUUGAACCCAUCACUCCUGGAGAACCAUUGACUACAGUGAGCACACCUACAGCAACAACAACUGCAGCCACAACCAGAGUGCCAAGUUUGACUACCUCAGUGGCCCCACCUUCCAUGCCUGAGUCAGCCAUACCAAUCUCUGGUCUGACACCCACAGAGUCUGAGCCACAGGAAGUACAUCCUCUGGUGGGACUUUUUGAGGAUGAAGUUGAUGUUGAUCCCCCACUUCAGGUUCUUCAGCCUUUAUAUGCGGAGAUUGUUGAUGAGUGCACCAAGUUUAUCUGUGUCAACAACCAGCUCAUGUUCUUCAAUAAGUCCCAAAACUGCCCCUUCUCCUCUGAGCCGCUGAACUGUGGCCUUCUUGGCUUUGCCGUCUUGGUCAAUGGUGACAAAUGCUGCCCCCAGUGGGACUGUCCAUGUCGCUGCUCUGUUUUUCCAGACUUGAAUGUGAUCACAUUUGAUGGGAACAGUGUUGCCAUCUAUAAAGCUGCCUCGUUCAUAGUGACCCAGCUACCCAAUGAAACAGUCAGUGUACUUGUUCAGGAGUGCCCUGCUGGAUCAGAGUCACCGCUUUGGUGGAAUUUUACGAAACUAUGUCUGGUUUCACUUAACAUCACCUACAAUUCCAAUCACAUCAUCAUCGACAGGCUCCAGAGGAGGCUCUAUGUCAACUCACGGUAUGCCAGGCCUCAUUUUAAAAGGUUUGGUUUUGAGAUCUACGACACAGGCAACAUGUAUCUGAUCCGAAGCCCAGCUGGUCUCAAGCUGCAGUGGUAUCACAGCACCGGAAUGAUGGUGAUCGACAGUGACAACCCCAGCAAGAAGCUGCCCAUCAUGGGCCUCUGUGGUUUCUGUGAUGGAGACCCAAAUAAUGACCUGACCCUGGCCAAUGGCACCACUGUGGAGAGGAGCGACGAUCCAUCUCUCUUCAUCGACAGCUGGCAGGUUCCUAACACCACCAGCUAUGUCAGUCACAGUCGGCGCAGAGAGUUCAACUGUUCCACCAGUGACUGCUCCCAGUGCCUGGUCAUGUUGCAGAAACCGGCCUUCUACCCAUGCCAUGCCUUUGUCUCUCCAAGCACUUUCUGUGAAGUUUGGGUCCAAGAUGUGGAGUAUGUGAACAACCAGUGUGUGGCACUUGCUGCCUACGUAGCCUCUUGCCACAAAUUCAACAUCUGCAUUGAGUGGAGGAGACCAGAUUACUGUCCCUUCAUGUGUCCUGAAACUCUGUGCUAUCAAGCCUGUCUGCCGGCCUGCAGAUCUCAGUCAUGUUCCAACCAAGAUUUUGACUUCGACACAGACCACUGCUCAGGCCUUACCGAGGGUUGUGCCUGCCCUGAAGGAACGCUACUCCAUCGGCCAUUCACUGCCCUCUGCAUACCCCCCAACAAGUGUGCCUGCACUGACAGUUCUGGCAUCCCACGUGCACAUGGUGAGGUGUGGAAAGCCUCAAAGGACUCCUGCUGCAUGUACCGCUGCGAUGUGGACAUAGUCAUCCCUGUGGAGCACAAGUGUUCCACCACGAUGCCGCCUGUGUGCCAGCGAGUUGGGGAGGUGCUCGUCAGCCUGGCCGACGACACCAGCUGCUGUCCCCGUAAAAUCUGUGUGUGUAAUCAUACUCAUUGUGACCUCCUGCCUCCUGACUGUAAAUAUGGGGAGAAGCUGGUGUCAUACUACCGAAAGGACUCGUGCUGCCCAGACUAUAUGUGCGAGUGUGAUCCCUCAAGUUGUGAGGCAGAGAUUCCCACCUGUCGAAGUGACCAGUCUUUAAUUGCAACCAGAACUCAUGAUAGUUGCUGCCUGACUCACAUCUGCAUGUGUUCAACUUGUGUGGGAACGCCGCCACUUUGUCAGGAUUGGGAGGUAUUGACGGUGGACCGGAACACCACAGACCGCUGCUGUCCUACCUACCAAUGUGUAUGUGAGCCCUCUAGGUGUCCUCAGCUCAGCUGUCCUUUUGGGAAGUCAGUGGUGUCAGUGUCCAUUUCAGAUCAUUGCUGUGCCAAUCAUACAUGCGAGUGUUCCUGUGACAAGAUUACGCCUCCUAAAUGUGGAAUGGGAGAGGCUUCUCAGCUGGAGCAUUCGUUCCUGUCUGACCCACAAAACCAAUGUGCCUGCAAAAGAUACAAGUGUGUGCGAGAAGCUGUUUGUGUGUACCAGGGUGUGCUACAUCCCGGUCAGACCCUGGUGGAACAUGGCGAGGAUGGCUUGUGCUACAGCAGACAGUGCAGCCGUGUUUUGGACACAUCCAGUGGUUUUCACAUACUGCGGAUCAGCAGCACCAACUGCUCUGCCCUCUGCCAGCUAAAUCAGAUCUAUAUGCCUACAAAAGACCAGUCAACAUGCUGUGGAGUUUGUAAGAAUAUAUCCUGCCUUUACACUCAUGAGAAUGGCUCGACAAUUGUCUAUAAGCCAGGGAAAUCUUGGGUGUCCAACUGCCUGAAGUUUGAAUGCACAGACACGCUGUUCGGCCCGACAAUGAUCUCCUACCCCUUCAGCUGUCCCCCUUUCAAUGAAACAGAGUGUAUGAAGAUUGGAGGAACUGUCGUAAGUUACAUGGACGGAUGUUGCAAGACAUGCAAAGAAGAUGGGAAGGCGUGUCAGAAGGUGACAGUGAGGAUGACUAUUAGGAAGAAUGACUGUCGCAGUAACAGACCGGUCAACAUUGUGUCAUGCGAUGGGAAGUGUCCGUCUGCCAGCAUCUACAACUACAACAUCAACACGUACGCUCGUUUCUGCAAGUGUUGUCGGGAGAUGGGGCUGCAGCGGCGCUCUGUGCAGCUCUACUGCAGUGGCAACUCCACCUGGGUCAGCUACAGCAUUCAAGAACCCACAGAUUGCUCCUGCCAGUGGUCGUAG